CUUCAUGAUCUCCGUUAACGGCCGUUUGUUCGAGUACCACUCGCGUCUCACAGCAUUUGAGUUUGGAAAUGUGCGACAUCCCAACGUGUUGAUAUUCGUAGGCGGCCUGACAGAUGGGUUUCUGACGGUAUCCUAUGUUUCGACGCUUGCUGAAAAGCUGGCUAUGUGCCACUGGUCGGUGAUCCAAAUAUUGCUUUCGAGCUCCUAUACCGGCUAUGGAGCCAGCUCGCUGGCACAGGAUGCCGAGGAGAUCUCGAAAUUGGUAGCCUUACUCAGAAGUCCUGACUCUGAAAAUGGAAACAGGAAAAAAGUAGGUGUUUUGGGCCAUUCUACCGGAAGUCAAGACACCCUUUACUACCUUUCUAAAUAUGAACAAAGUGCUGAGACGAGCAUUGACUUUGGAAUUCUGCAAGCUUGCACUUCUGAUAGAGAAGCACUAUUGCAAUUCAUGGACCCGGUGGUGAUGGAGAACAGCAUCAAAAUGGCUAAAGAUCUAAUUGAUAAAGGGAACGGAAAGCAGUUCAUGCCGUACGAGAUAUGUCCGGAUGUAUUCGAGUCUCCGAUCAAUGCUUACAGGUGGAACUCAUUGGCUUCAGAACGUGGGGACGACGACUUUUUCUCCAGCUACCUGGGGCUCGAGGACCAUAGGAACACGUUUGGUAAGGUAAAUCGGCCGCUGCUUGUUCUCUACAGCGGGAACGACGAGACAGUUCCCACAAAUGUGGACAAAGAGACGGUUAUGGAAAAGUUCAAGGCUGCGACUGACCCUAAAUGGUGGUCCCCUUUGAGCACAGUGGUGCCAGGCGCAUCCCAUAAUUUGGGCCCUGACAGCUCACCGGGAGCCACAGACAUGGCAUUGGGAUUAAUAGUGGAGCCAUUGAAAGCCAGAAAACACGGCUUUGUUGAUACACAGCUCACGGACAAUCCGGCAAUGGGCGUGAAUAAUAGCACGUUCGAAUUAACUGUGCUUGGGUGUUCAGGGGGCCCUGUAGCAGGGAAAACUUGCGCCUUUCUAUUGAAGCCUUCCUCCAUAUCAUUCCAGGAAGCUCUUGAGAAUGAACUAGAUUGCAUUCUGGCGCUGGAGGCGGGCGCAGGUAUCGAGACCAUUGCCGAGAUGAUAUCAGAUUGCCGAAAAAACACGUCUUCGGUCUCAUCAUACUUUAGUCAAUUAUACAGCAACGCCGAGGAUCCAAGCUACUAUAGCGACAACAACGACUUGAUAAAGACUCAGCCUUUUGAAGACGUCUCAAAGGAUCCUGCCAAUUCCAGUCUACAGCUUGCAAAGGAGAUACUGAACUGCAUGUCUGCCUAUAUUAUAACACAUCCCCACCUUGAUCACGUCUUGGGACUCGUGAUAAAUUCACCCUGUUUCACGCGACAAACACCAAUCUAUGGGACUCAGCAAACAAUAGACAACUUGAAGGACCACAUUUUCAAUGGCAAAGUUUGGCCACCAUUGUCGUAUUUGACCUUCAACUAUUUACAGCCUUAUACUGAAAACUUUAAUAUCACAGAAUCUAUCGCGGUGGAAACGUUCCAAGUGAGCCACGGGUUCACGUCGCCCAAAGAGUUAUAUAAGAGCUCGGCGUUUCUGUUCACCGAAACAAAUGAUAAGGGUAAGCUGCUGUUUUUCGGUGACGUAGAGAGCGACUUAUCGUCAAACACCAAAUACAAUCAACACAUAUGGCUAACAGUUGCCGAUCACAUUCUCUCAAAAAAACUCAAAGCCAUUGUAAUUGAAUGCUCGUCUGUGGACAAAAAACCGGGACAGCCUCUCUUUGGCCAUAUGACGCCCACCAACCUGAUCAAUGAACUGCUGAAUUUACAAAAUAUUUGUCUUGAGAAAAAAGCUACCAAACACCCUUUGGCCGGUCUCAAUGUGCUGAUAAUACACUCUAAGAAGAUUGAAUCAGAAACAUGAUUUGCGGAUAAAUUUCACUAUUUGUAUGCCCGGGAUUAGUUAUUUCAUAUAAAGGACGAAACGACCUAUAAUUGUGGUAACCCGUAGCCCGUGAUAUGCUUGGCAAAAUCCCACUUCAUAUCCUCGCAUUUGACAUUUUUGUGGAACUCAAUACUCUUUGUCGUCUUUUCCACCACGCAUAAAGUGUACUUGUCCAAGGACCUUGCGUCUCUAUAAAACAAGAUCUUCAUACAGUCUUUCACCAAGCUCACGGCGUCUUCUUUGGUGAGCUUCUCAACAUCUUUCAUGGUAUCUGCUUUUUUCCGAAGCAAAGGAAUUGCCAAAUGUGCUCCAAACCCUGUUGCUAAAGAUGGGGAAGCGUAGGACACGCCCAAAAGGUCAACGUAUUUCAUAAAUGGUUCGCCUUCUUCGUCGAAACCAGCAACGAUACAUGCGUUCCACAGCGGAUCCAUCUUAGACCGACGAUUGUACAACACUCUAGUGAGGUAUUCAUGAACGUGACUGGCUUUCAAAUUAUCUUGCUCCAUGUCGUAGGAGUCUUCCACUGCGAGGUCGUCUAGAAUUCUCUCCAAAUACUGCAAGUCACUAAUAUCACCAGAAAUUCCAACAAUUGUCUCAGAUCCGACUCUAAUAAUUCUCUCCACAUCGUCUAACUUCAUCAGGGAUCCAUAGGCACCCAUGUUAUCUGCAGCCAUGACGACACCAUCCUUAUAGCGGACAGCAAUGACCGAGGUACCUGUGAUCAUCGGUUGUUGAGUAUGCAUGGAAGGGAAUUCGGCAUUGGUGCGAACGUUUUCUGGGCGCUGGUUGCUGGCCUGUGCAAUUUGGGUGUUGUACGGACCAUAGACAGAAUCCAAUGGUUUUCCCCAAUGGAAAGGAUCGUGAUUCAUGAUUGAGUGGCAAAAUAAUUCUCGAUUGAUUUUUUUUGAACAGGACGAUAUCUGGGCCGACCGACGCAAGAUUGAGGAUGAUCGACUCGGACUCGAAAUCCGCACAAAGAAUAAAUAAUUUACAUCAUUCAUCAUGAGAGUGUCAGUUCCAACGCUAGCCAAAUAUAUCCCUAGUAUUAAGUUUGUGGGAGGUCCCCAUGUGAUAACCAGUAAGUAUCCAUACGAUGAGAUCUAACGUCAGAAAAACCCGCCCCUCCGGGCCCACACCCCUGUGCUCCAAACCAGUUGAUGCCAGCCAAAGCAGGAUCGUCCACAGCUUCCAGCACUCAGAGUACCCCAAUUGUUGGUCCAGUUCCGUUUGAGAGCAGGAAUUUUCUGUCUGCUCGUUUCAGAUACAGUCCAUUAGAUGAGAUCGAGAUUGAGGACGUUAACACGGGUGGAGCAGAGUACCUCAUAAGAUAAAGUUGUUUCGGUGAAGUGGAACUUAUAUGUAUGAAAUUACAGCUGAACUUGUCGUAUUUGACCACUUCAGUGCGAAGCUUAUUGCGCUGAGGACGUCACGUACUGAAAUUAUAUAGCAGUUGAAUGUCAAUGGUAUCAAUUCAACGGCCGCGCCCCACUGUCAUCCUCAAUGGCACAUCUCUUGCCAGUUUCAAGAGCUUUAGCGAAUUUGAAUGGGACCCGAUUAGGCUCAAAUCAUAGCAGUACAAUUAAAAAUUUAAAAUCCAC